AUGUCGCUACCAAUCAAUAAUAUCUCACUCACUAUCAUCCCUUCCUCCACCACCAGUACCACACUCCCCGCCGCCCCAUUCCGUCCUCCGCCACCCACGCCGUCGGAGCAUUCUACCCUCGAAAUUUCACGCCGGAGAACCACCGUCGUUUUGGUAUCAUUUAUCACCGCUCCACUUCUUCUCACAGUCAGCAGUCCACCAGCUGCUUCCGCAUUCUCCUUGGGAAUUUCAGGACCAAAGGAUUGGCUAAAAGAGCAGAAGAAGAAAUCAUCCAGAUAUCUUUUAGCUCCCAUUGAUGCUUCUCGAAACAGCCUCCGCUCCGCGUAUCUUCUCCUCACAAAAGGCGAAACAGAAUUUGGGGAAAAUGACUUGGAAGAAGUUAGAAAGUUGAUCACUUCUGCUGCUAGAGAUUGUGUUGUUCAAGACAGAAACGCAUUUGUUGCGUUCCAGGCUAAUACGGGAGUAGAGGUCUGUACUUUCCGAUUGAUCCUUAAAAAUGCAGCUUCUUUGCUUGGUGACAAAGAUCCAAUAAAGUUAGAAGCUGAAGCCAAGCUAACUGAUAUGCUAAGAUCAUUAGCUUCUCUCAGUGAUAUCACCAACGAAAUAAGUGCGCCAGUUUCUGAUAACAGGCAAAAGGUUGCAAGUGCUCUCACGGAUGCAUUGUAUUCCCUUGACAACUUUGAGCAGGGAAUCAAGGAUUGUCUUGAAAUUUGA